AUGGGAGAAAUGAUCAUGUCCCACGAGCCCUGGGACUUCUUGAACUCGGUUCUCCGAUUCAGGGAUGACGACUCCCAGUUCUGGUGGGACAGAACUGGGCGCAUGUUCUCCAAGCUUCUCAAGUAUGCUGGCUACAGCGCCGCAGAGCAAUAUCGCGAACUCAACUUUUACUCCCUCUUCGUUGCUCCUGAGCUUGGCCCUUCCCCAGAUUGUCACGGCAAUGUGAGGAGAUGGAGGAGCCCCGGCACUCCUGACUCCACGCCGAUCGACUUCAGCUGGGAAUGGGGUAGAGACAACCACGCUGUCGUGAGGUAUAGCUUCGAGCCCAUCGGCGCACACGCCGGCACGGAGCUGGACCCUCUCAACAGAUAUGCCACGAACGACUGGAUCUCCAGACUUCAGGAACAGAAAAUGGUGCCUGGUCUUGAUCUGGAGUGGUACAACCACUUCACGGGGCAGAUCUUGCAGCAUGACAACCGGACGUCCAAGACGGUAGACUACUUCAUUGAGGAGACUACUCCCAAAGCCGGCACCGUUGUCGCUCUCGACAUCGAGAAGACCGGUCCGGUCAUGAAGAUCUACAUUUACCCUGGACUGAAGGCAGAAGAGCUCGGCAUCAGCAACCUCGAGCUCGUGGAGCGUUCCAUCCGCAGCCUGCCGGAAGACCAGUACAAGUCUCUCAACGCCGAGCCACUCUUCGACUUCCUUCGGGAGGGCACCGAGAAGUACAACUUCGAGACCGGCAUUCUCGCCAUCGACUGCUUGACGCCAAAGGAUGCCCGCAUCAAGGUGUACAUGCGGGCUCGCCACACCACCUUCGAGUACAUGAUGGACUGCAUCACGCUUGGUGGCAGGCUCGACAUGUCAGGGGAGGCCAUCGAGGACCUCAAGGACUUCUGGAGCACGUUCCUCGGAGAUGCGUCGGACGUCCUGCCGGACGACGCCCCGGGCCGGGCCAGCCCUGGCUUCUACUACACCCUCGGCUGCGGCAAGGCCAUCUCGCCCAAGGUGUACAUCUGCCCGCAGUUCUUCUGCAAAAGCGACGUGGAUGUCUUAUCCCGCCUCCGCAAGUUCUUCUCCACACGGCGAUCCGAUCAGAUGAUGGAUAACUACGAGGCAGCCAUGGUCGAUAUCUUCGGUACCAAGACUCUGGAUUCCAGAUGCGGGAGCCAUUACUAUGUUGGUUGUGCCUUGGCCAAGGGUCAGCUGCGGGUAGUCACUUAUCUUAGCCCGCAGUCAUUUGACUGUGAAAAGGAUAAGCUCAUGGCUCGGAAGCCUUGA